UCUCUCCUUCCUCCUCCUCCUCCUCCUCCUCCUCCCGGGCCCAGCCGUGCGGCGAUGGGGGCGCAGGACCGGCCGCAGUGUCACUUCGACAUCGAGAUCAACCGCGAGCCCGUUGGUCGCAUUAUGUUUCAGCUCUUCUCGGACAUAUGUCCAAAGACAUGCAAAAACUUCCUCAGCUUAUGCUCAGGUGAAAGAGGCCUGGGGAAAACAACUGGCAAGAAGCUAUGUUACAAAGGCUCCACCUUCCACCGUGUGGUGAAAAACUUUAUGAUUCAGGGUGGGGACUUCAGCGAAGGGAACGGGAAAGGAGGCGAGUCAAUAUACGGUGGCUAUUUUAAAGAUGAAAACUUUGUUCUCAAACAUGACAGAGCGUUCCUUUUGUCAAUGGCAAACCGGGGGAAACAUACCAAUGGUUCCCAGUUCUUCAUAACCACCAAGCCCGCUCCUCACCUUGACGGGGUCCACGUGGUCUUUGGCCUGGUGAUCUCUGGCUUCGAAGUGAUAGAACAAAUCGAAAACCUGAAGACAGAUUCCGCGAGCCGGCCCUACGCGGACGUGCGAGUUAUCGACUGUGGGGUGUUGAUCGCCAAGUCGGCCAGAGAUGGAUCAGAGAAGAAAAGGAAGGCGGCUGCUCCCGCGGAAGACUCGGCGUCCUCCUCCUCUGACUCCUCCGGCUCUCCCGAGUCCUCUUCCGACAGCGAGGUGGAAAACGAGAGGAACCGGAAAAGAAAGCGCAAGAAGAGGGCCAAGGUUAAACGCUCCAAGAGGAGGAGAGAAGAAAAGAGAAAAGAGGAGGCCAGGAGCAAGCUGGCGUCCAGCCAGAGGGGCAGUCCCUCGGACCACAGCGAAGCCCACGGGAAGGGGGCCGUGGCCGACCCAAGUGCCAAGAGGGAGAAGCCGCUGGUGCGUCCUGAAGAGAUCCCUCCCGUCCCGGAGAAUCGAUUUUUGCUCCGAAGGGACAUGCCGGCGGCCGGCACGGAGCCCGAGCUAAAGCUUCCCGCCGUCACCCCCACAGUCAACGAUCAGAAGCCAUCCGUCUCCAAGUCAGGAAGGAAGAUUAAAGGCCGGGGCACAAUACGCUAUCACACGCCACCGCGAUCACGUUCCUGCUCCGAGUCGGAUGACGACAACGAGAGCAGCGAGACGCCUCCUCACUGGAAGGAGGAGAUGCAGAGGCUUCGCGCGUACCGGCCGCCCAGUGGAGAGAAGUGGAGCAAAGGAGACAAGUUGAGCGACCCGUGUUCCAGUCGCUGGGAUGAAGGGAGCCGAUCGCAGCGGUCGAGGUCUUGGUCGUACAAUGGCAGCUACCCUGAGCUCAGCACGCCGAAACCCUCCGGGGGCCGCCACCAGAAACACCGUAAAGACAAGAGGGCAAAGCACAAAAAGAAAUCGAAAAAGCAGAAACACCCCAAGCGGCAGAAACAGGCCAAGAGGAGGAGAGCCUCUCCGUCGCCGGAGGUGGAGUCCCCCCGCUCCCCGACCCGGCGGGCCAGGUCCUCCUGUGAUCGGGCCAAGAGAUCGCCUUCCUCGUCGCUGUGGUCCUCGCGCCGCUCCUCCCAGCGGGGCCGGUCCCGCUCGGACAGGGACGCGCGGAGCUCCUCGGCUCCGUCCAGCCGGGGGGUGCCGUCUCGCUCCCCGUCCAAGUCGACAUCCCAGUCUUCCUCCAGGGCCAGCUCGAGGUCCAGGAGUACGUCCAGGUCUUCGGCCCGUUCCCGGCACAGGUCCGGUUCCGACUCGAGCUGUGCCUCCGGACCCCCGGAGGCUGUCCCCUUGUCGCCUCGGGAUGCGGCCUCCCGCCCGGGCGAGAGGAAAGCCUCCAGGGCCGAAACUGCGCGGCCAGCGGGGCCCCCGGGCGAGCAGCCGGUCGUCCAGCCCAUGGUGACCAAGAGCCUGCCCGUGAUCCCACUGAGCGACAGCCCGCCACCCUCGCGCUGGAAGCCCGGACAGAAGCCUUGGAAGCCCUCCUAUGAGCGCAUCCAGGAGAUGAAAGCCAAGUCGUCAGGCCCGCUGCUUGCCCAGACCGCCCCGGCCGGAGCCGGGUCCCGGGACCCCACGCUGUCUUCGUCCACACACCGGAAGAGGGAGAAGAGGCCGCGUGGCGAGCGGAGUGCCUCUUCCCGCUACCACAGCGAUACCAGGUCAGGGAGCUCCAGGUCUCCGAGCGGCUCUUGGAGAAGCCGCUCCUCCUCGAGGUCCUGCUCCAGGUCCGGGAGUCCGAUGAGCUCACGUUCACGCUCCGCUCCCAGGUCCCGAGCACGCGGCAAGUACAGCGGCCGCUCGCGUGACAGCCAGUCGCCCUCUUCAUCCUCCUCCUCCUCCUCUUCCUCCUCCUCUUCCUCCUCCUCCUCCUCUUCGUCCUUGUACCAUUCCGGGAGCGGCGAUAGCAAGAGGAAGAAGGUCACCCCUCGGGGACGGAGGUGUAACGGUGUCGAGACUAGGAGGGCAGGCAGCUCGGAGCUCAAGGGCCAGAACAAACCCGCCCGGGGUGGCGGCAGGUCUUCCCGGAGGAGGAGAGACAGUGCGAGCCCGUCCCCUCCGGGCUCCUCCCCGGACAGUGAGCUGUCACGGGCCAGAGUGGACCAGCCCUCCCGACGAGGGGAGGGACGCAGCCCGCCGCCUGGCCCUUCCGACCAAAAACAGGACGCGGUCCAUCUUGUGUCUCUUGGGGACAGGGAGGAGAAACUCAAGAAGGGACGGGGUCACGAGCCUCCGAAAACAGGUGGCGGGAAAGAGGGCAUCCUCGAUCCCCCGCCAUCGGGUGGGGCCCAGAAAAAAACCUGCAUCGGGAGCAAAUGGGACUCGGAGUCUACAUCUGAGCGGGAGGCGAGGCUGAGGCACCGGGACCGUGCCAGGCCCGCCUCUGACAAGGAGGAGGGGGAGGCCUCGUCUGAGUCUGGGCCCGAGGUGGGCGGGGAAGACAGCCGGGACCCACCCGAGCGCAAACCGUGGAGCGGCCGCCGGCCGGCGGACCCAGCCGGGGCCCGGAAGGGCAGAAGGCGACGGUCACCGUCUUCCACCGAGGAGAGCUCUUCCUCGAGCGUGGCCAGCGGCCGGGGAGCGUCGGGCAUGCGCCGUCGCAGGCCCGAGGCCCCCCGAGAGGCAGUGGUGCCAUCCAGGAACACCCGUGACAAGUCAGGAGGGAGGAAGGAGAGACCGUCCAAGGUGCCCAGGCGACAGGAGGCGUUUCACUGGCAACCCCCGCUGGAGUUCGGAGAAGAGGAGGAGGAGGAGGAGGGCGGGAGCGAAAAGCCCAUAAGUGGAGAGGGGAGCGGGAGGGCCCUCGCGGCUGAGCCCAGGGAAAGCCCGACGGGCGGGACGGGGAGAGCCAGGAAGGCCCGCGCCGCCGACGGCCCCUCGAGCACCCUGGGCGCGGCAGCUGGCCCAGCCCCCGACUCCGGGCCCCUCCCAGACGGCGGCAGCGGAGCCAGCACGCCCUCGGCCACGGACCAUCGGGAGGCGACCUCAGAGCCGCGCCCGGACGGCGGGGAGAAUGCCUGGCCGUCAGGAGAGAGCCCCCGUGGCAGCGGCGCCGAGGACGCAGUGCAGUCGGACGACAACAUGGAUAUCUGCACUCCUGACCGCCUUUCCCCCGAGAAGGGGCCCGGGGAGACUCCCUCGCCGAAGCAACCGGGAUCCGGCACCCUGGAGGAGGGGCCGGCCCUGGCGAGCCGAGAGUCACCGCAGGAGGGCCCCGGGGCAGGCGCGGCCGGGCCGGACGACCGUGAGGGGGCAGCCGGUCAGUCGUCUGGGAAGGGAGCAGCCGGGCCUGAGAGUGGCCCAGCCCCCUCUGCCCCUGGGGUGGGAAGCCCCGGCCAAGUGCGGACACCGGAGCCGACGCCGGGCGGCGAUAACAAGUGGAAGCCCCUGCCCGGGGUGGGCAAUCUCCCAGCGCCCACGCCUAGCAACGCCACAGAGGCCAGGUGCCUGCCCGCGGCGUCCCAGGCAAAGCCACCGGGCCUGAGAAUCGAGAUUAAAAGCAAAAGCAGAGUCCGGCCCGGGUCCCUCUUCGACGAGGUGAGGAAGACCGCUCGGCUGAACCGGAGGCCAAGGAACCGCGACAGCUCGAGCGACGAGCCGUCUCCCGGCCAGGACGACGCCAGCCCGUCCUCGAGCGGCAGCCGGUCCCGCAGCAAGUCUCCACCCAAGUCGAGGCACCGGACGAGGUCCCCGUCAUCCAGCCGCUCGCGGAGCCGGUCGAGGACGUCCUCCUACUCCUCCCGGUCGAGGAGCUCCUCGAGAAGUCGGAGCCGAGGAUGGUACAGUAGAGAUCGAUCGCGAAGCCGGAGCAGCUCUUACCCCAGUUCCAAGAGUCACAGCAGCCGGUCGUACAGCCGGAGUCGGUCCAGGAGCAGCUCGUAUGGCCGACACAGCCGAUCCAGGUCCUACACCUACGACAGUUACUACAGUCGCAGCCGGAGCCGCAGCCGCGGCAAGAGGAGCAGAGGGUACCACCGGUCUCGCAGUUACAACAGGCGGUCCAGGAGUUGUCGCUCCUACGGCUCUAGGAGCGACAGUGACCGCAGCUACUCGAACCGCCGGAGCCCCAGUGAGAGCAGCAGGCACAGCUGAGGCGCCUCCCCGGCCGCCCCGCCAGCCCCCACGUGCCGCAGGUGCCCCGACUUGGCCGGGAACGAGGGCGGGCCGGUGGCCCGCGGCUCCGGCCCCAUCUCCCCCGGUGGAGGGGGUUGGCCUCCACCGAGGGCUUUGCCGCGAGCUCCCGGCCGUCGGCCCCGGGCCCGUUGCUGCAGUGACGUCGCCCUCGUGCCGAUUCCCCCGCCUUGGGCCCACGAGCUGCUGAUCGCUUUCCCUCCAAGUUCCUUCCCGUCGGGUUUUCCCGGUCUUCUCUCCGUCCUGGAACUCCAACUGUUCUACUGCCACCGGUGAAGACCAUGCUGACUGGCUCCUGGGUGUCGUCUUCUUGGGGGCUCCGGGCCCUACCCGGAGGCCCGGUCCUGCAAGCACGGGCUGGUGGGAGUGACCCUGGGACCGCUGGACGUCCCACUCGUUGCCACCUCCCAGUUUCCCUCAAAUGAUGGGCUCCAGUGGUGCCAACGCAUCAGUUAAGUUUGUUGCGGCCAUGCGAACGUACCUACGUGUUCUAGUCAGGGAAGCCCCCGGGACCGAACCCUAGAUGUCACACAGGGCUCCCGGUGCCCUUUGCCAGUUGUGCCUCCACUCCUCCGUCCCCUGCAGCCUCCACAGUCGGAGGGAAAGGGCGGCCGGGAAUCCGAAGCCAGGCCGCGGCACCACGCUAUAGGGGUGGGGCCAUAGCGGGCCCUUCCGAACCGCCGCCGCCAUCAGCUCCGGAACGAGAAACUCUUGCUCCCGCACAUCCGUCCUGGUGCCCGGAGCUCCGGCCCCAUCCUCCACGACACGGGAGGGAGGAACGGUGUCGUGUUUCCGAUUCGGCCUCGUCCCCGGGGGGACUCGGUUCGGAUCAGGUCCCGAGCCAGCGUCGGCCUUCUUCCUAGUCAGGCGCGGAAUGCCACGCCCUCCCCAAGCUGGAGGUGCCGGAGGAUCCGCCGGAAGGUGCUUGGGCCUGGCCCUCGCCCGCCGCAGGGUCUAUUGGCACGGAGCAGGUCUCUGGGCACUCUGUCCCAGGCCAGGCCCCACCGGACAAUACCAUCAGAAGGCUGAAGGGCUGGGGAAGCAGCAGUUGAGCCCACAGUCGCACUGCCAACCCGCCAACUAGCUUGGCAUUUCGCUCCUCCCCAGUCCUGGAUCUCCAGGUGGAUCAGGGAAGUACAAUCACCCCAAGGUACAUCGUGGACGUAGAGAGUCCGCUCCCUGCUGCAGCUCAGACUGCUUGGGAGCCUAAUUCCCUUCCAGGCCCUUUGGAAACUCUGUGUCGGGAGGCUGGGAGGGGCGACGAAGGGAAGUCGUACCUGCAGGCUAGCGGCCCCGGGCCUUCCAACGGGUCCCCCGAAUGGAGGUUCAUAGAAUUUCUGCGCCAUGGUGGUGGCCUGGUUCUGGCUGUGCCCCAUAGAACGGUCGGGGCCGCUCGGUGCCCAGCCCGGCCGGCUGGCCUAUGAUCAGGGCCUGCCGCCAUCCUCCCAGCCCACAGGUCUGUGCACCCCAAAGGCCCUGCCGAAGCCCCUUUGGAGCGGGAAAGGGGUGGUUUCCUCUCCGCAAUCCGAAGCUCAGAAGAAACCUGGGCAAGAUCUCCCGGAAGAAUGGCACCACGACGGAUCUCUUCCCGGUGGCAGAGUCGAGCCCCAAACUCCCAGCGCCCGGGGUUCGAGCAGAUCAACCAUCAAGAGAGCUUUAUUUCUCAAGGGAAUGGCCUACAUUUUGGUACUCUUUCUAUUUUCCGCCGGAACCGAGAGCUGGCGACUCCCGUCGGGCCGGUUCUGUGCCGGCCGUUUCCGGCCAAAGAAUGAAUCGGAGCCGGUAGACUUCAGCUACGUCAGAGUUUUGUGAGAACCCGGCAGCCGCAGCAGCAACUCCCACUUGUAUGAAGUUGGUUCAGAUUCCCUUGUCUGGGGAGGGGCCUCGUAGGCAUUAAAGUGUGCUUAGUCUGAG